CUCCAGCAGAUGGCAGUGCUAAGCCGACUGGUUGUGGUGAAUCAGCUGGCCGAAGCGUUCGGCGGUCAUUCUACGUCAUCCGAAUGAGCCACGCAGCCGGGGCAAAACAACUAACUAACGCCUCUCCUUUAACGCCAGUGCAAGGAGCCCCAAGAGAACCCGUUUCUGUGUUGGUCCUCAGAGACGGUGUUGAAGUGACAUGGAAGUCAACUGAUGAGGAGCGAGGGGACUUGUGGCUCCCACCGGCGGGAGUAUUUGCAAAGGAAAAAAAAGGUGACAAGUGGCGGUAAUAACACCUUGUUGUUCGGUGACAAGGAAUAAUCCACUAAGAAACUCCGCUGUCGCCGUAAUGUGAAGCUUAUCUGCGUGAGAUUUUGUGCAACCGGUUCCAUCAUGAGACGAAGCCCAAGGAGACCCCUGAUCCUCAAAAGACGCAAGCUGCCCUUUCAGCAGAGCGCCCCUCCCGUGAGUCAGGACGCGUCCCAAGCACAACCGGGGCGCUCGUCCUCCUCUGAGCCAUUCUCGGACACCGUGCGCGUCCUGGAUCACCCCGCCUUCCCCGGCACGCAGUUGGUGGUCAUUCCCAAGACGGCCGAGCUGCGCAGCGUCAUCGAGGCGCUGACGGUCAAGGGCAAGGAGCACGGUGCCCAGGGGCCCAACAAGUUUAUCCUCCUGGGUCAGAGCGGCAGCCUGCACUCGGGCUUGGCCAACAAGACGACAAAGGAGCCCCUGCGUCCGCGUAGCGCGGUUGGACAGCAAGAGUCUCGGACCGCGGCAGUCACAGAAGUGAAACAAGUGAAAAAGGACGACGACAGCCGCCUUUUCGACGACAGCCUCACCAACAUGCAAUGGUUGGAAAGGUGCGACGCUUUCCCGCCAGCACCCGCCGACAACAAGUCCGAUAAGGAGAACCGGACCGCGGUCGCCGCGUUGGAAGGAAAACCUCGCGCGCUGCAUUCUGUGCCUGAAGCAGCGUGCGGCUCGCUGCCCGAGACCGGCGCCGCCCCCGUUUCCCGCCCCCGGGACGGCGCGUCCAUCAAGCCGCCCUUCUCCUACAUGACCAUGAUCCAGUUUGCCAUCAACAGCAGUCGGGACGGCCUCCUGACCUUGAAGGAGAUCUACGCUUGGCUCCAGCGACACUUUGACUUCUUCAGGGACGAGAACAGGCGGGGCUGGAAGAAUUCCGUCCGCCAUAACCUGUCCCUGCAUAAAAUGUUCAUCCGAAAGAUGUCACCCGAUGGGAAAGUGUCCUUCUGGGCCAUUCGUCCUGAGGCCAAUCGAGGGCUCACGCUGGAUAAGGCGUACACGCCCGGAUGCAACCCCGUGGCAGCCCCCGUCGCCCGACCUGUUCCGACAUCGCCUCAUCAACAGCCAACACUUGCUGUUGCCAAGAAAGCACCGAGUGGCUCUGGCCCUUCAAAGCCGCUGAAACGGCUCCUCCCGCGGGCGCCCCCCUCCUACCCGGUUCCCGUCCAGCUGCCCCUCGGCGCCAUGGCGUGUGCGCCUUCGACCGCUGCGGUCGGCCUUCCCGCUCGGCGCGCGGCCGGCGGCCUCUGCAAAGCCAAGAGGCGCAGAACCGCUCCCAAGGAACACGAGCUUUCCGAAACGGCGGCAAAAGCGGAGCGGGGGGAGGAGGAGCGGGCGCGCCCGACGGCCCAGCGCAGGAGCCCCAAGAUGGCCGCCCGGAGGGAGCAAGCCGGCGGCUCCAGGCGCAAGCAGCGCCUGGAGCGCACGCGCCACGAAGAACCGCUGCUGGUUUACUCGCAAAACUCGGACGGCGACUCGGGCAUCGCCACCUCCUCCAGCUGCCUGGACGCCGAGCCGGAGCUCCCGGACGGGUGGCUCCACAGCUCCAAGACCCCCGUCAAAGCGGGCCGGCGCCUGGCCUCCUCCACGCCCAGCAAGCCGGCGGCCGGCGGCGGCCAAAGCACGCUGCUGGACUUCAGCCCCAUCCGCGCGCCCGGCAACUUCGGAACCCCCUUCAAGGACCGGGCCCUCUUCUCCGACGCCACGGUCGGCUCGCCGAGCGCCCGCCCCGGAGAGCCGCUCCCGGCCGGCGGGCCCCCGCCCGCGCUGGCCGAGGGCCUGGUGCUGGACACCCUGAACGACAGCCUGAGUAAGAUCCUGGUGGACCUCAGCUUCGGCCUGGACGACGUGGGCGACCUGGCCUUGGCCGACGUCAGCCUGUCGGAGCUCAUCCCGCAGCUCGCGUAGCGCCUUCGGGCUGCCGGGCGGAUUCCAACCGGGAUUCCAACGUCGCCUUUUCAUCAUUCAUGCGCCUGCUCGACGGCGCUCGUAAUCGCUCUUUGUUCUUCCCAAGAACUGCCACACUGACACUUUUGUUUGUUCUCACACAUAUCUUUGGAUAGCCAUUUGCACCUUUUCUUAUUUAAUUUUGCUCGGUUUUGGGGGGGUUGGGAACGCGGUGCGGGCUGUUUAGCAAUGAGCCGUUUCGAUACCAGCGGUAGGUAGGAUUGUGUUUGCGUUCGAGAGUCAAGAGAAGCACAAUAAACGAAGAGGUGCCUCCAAAUGCGUUUCCUCUCAAGUUUAUUGAAAGGUUUGGAUG